AUUUUUGACAUCGAUGAUUCUCUAUUUUUUUCUCCUCACUAGUCUUAACAUUUAAACUCAACCAAAAUUAAGACAAAUACGGUGAUAAACAUGCAGCACGAGCCCGAAGAGCAGACUUUCCAACUCCAGGCGCUGGAGAUCCGCGAACCGGAUGCCAGUUUCGAUCCCAAGAAGCCGCCAGAAUCCGGAGAGGAGUACUUGAUGCACAUGAUGUACGAGAGGAAACGCUGUCCAGCGGUGGUGACCAAAAGAUCCCCCAAAAUCAAGGAUAAUGCGGGAAACAAGGCCUUCGAAAUGUUGGAUAAUCCCGCUCUGCCGCCUUUUAAGUGCCUGCUGACCACGCCCGAAUGGCGGAAUGAACAGGUGAAAUCCUUUCAAGCCGCUCGCUCCCAGGUUUUGAUCCUUCGCCAGGAGUUGGUCAGCCACAACUACGACCAGAGUGGGGAACCCCCGCUAACUUCGGAUCAGGAGAAGUGGCAGGAGUUCUGCCGCAAUCAACAGCCACUCUUGAGCACAUUGCUCCAUUUGAGCCAAAGCGACUUGGAGCACCUGCUGGAAAUGCUGAGCAAAUGGCUGCAGGUCAACGAUCAAGACAUCGACCUCCUCCAGGAUGUCUGGCUGGCCCGCUGGCUAUAUGCCACCUUGGUUUGCCUGCAUCUGCCGCUGGAACCUCAUGUCUUCAGCACCCUUCGAUAUAUCGCCCGAUCCUGCAUCUAUCUGAGGAAUCAAUUAAAGGCGGAGGAAGUGCAGCGAGCAGCGCCCUACAAUCUACUACUAACCCUCAUUGUUCAGGUCUUUGCCCAGAGUGAUUUCAAGGAGUAUAUUUAAGGCUUGACAAAUGUCACAACUGCUGUGAUGUUCGUCUGAUGGACUGCUGCAGCUGGAGAAGUGGCUGCACUGCGUCAGCGAGGAACUCUGGCUGAGACUACUCAAUUGCGUGGUGCUCGAGC